AUGAUGGAGGUCGAUGUGCCAUUGCCACCGGCGGUGAUUAAUUUGCCAUGGGUAGAGAAAUACCGUCCAGAAUCAUUGUCGGAUAUGAUUUCUCAUGAGGAGAUUAUCAAGACGCUUACUCACUUUGUCAAAUCGGACAAACUACCACAUCUGCUAUUUUAUGGGCCUCCGGGUACCGGAAAAACAAGUGCUAUAUUAGCAGUGGUAAACACGAUGUACUCGGACAAACAGCGAAAAUCUAUGGUCCUUGAGCUUAAUGCCUCUGAUGAUAGAGGAAUUGGCAUAGUGAGGGACGAAAUCAUAACUUUUGCUCAAACGAAAUCACUCCAGAGAGAUAAGGAAACCACUGAUUUGAAAUUUGUUAUUCUUGACGAAGCUGAUGCUAUGACAAAGGAUGCACAAAAUGCUUUGAGAAGAGUAAUAGAGAAGUACACGUCGAAUGUCCGUUUCUGCAUAAUCUGCAACUAUCUCUCCUCUAUAAUUCCUGCCAUUCAGUCUCGGUUCCGUUUUUUCAUUUCUGAAGGGUCGAUUACUGAAGAAAAACUCAAAGUAACUGAAGACGGUAAAGAAGCGCUGUUGAAGCUAUCAGGUGGUGAUAUGCGUCGAGUGCUGAACGUUCUUCAGAGUGUAGCAAUGGCUUCUUCCGUAAUUGAUGAGACAAGUGUUUAUGAAUGUGUUGGGCAGCCUACACCGAAACAUAUUGAGAAGAUUCUGCAAAUUCUCAUGAACGAUUCCUUCAAAGAGUGUGGUGAAGAAGGUUAUGCUCUGGUUGACGUACUUUCUAGGCUGCACGAUGUCAUAUUCCAAUUGGACCUGCCCUCAGAAGUUAUGGUUUGCCUGAUUUCCGCUCUUGCUGACACCGAACAACGUCUUUCAGUUGGCGCCUCUGAUCGCAUACAGAUAGGAGGUUUAGUGGGAGCUUUUAUGCGUGCUCGUAGAAUGAUCAAGGAGAUAGCUAAGAGAUAG